AUGUUCGGAUUAGGAGGCGCACAACCACAGAUCUCACUGCAGGCCAAGCUCGCAGCCGCGGAAGCAGAGUUGGACAUGGUCACGGGGAUGUUCAAUUCGCUCGUCUCGCAAUGCCACAACAAAUGCAUCACCAAGACAUAUAGCGAGAGCGACUUGACGAAGCAGGAGAGCUUGUGUCUUGACCGUUGCGUGGCCAAGUACUUUGAGACCAAUGUGCAAGUUGGUGAAAACAUGCAGAAAAUGGGCCAGAGUGGCCAAUUUAUGGGCAGAAGAUAG